AUGGAACCAACUUUAGCUAAUAAAAUUAAUUCAAGUUCAUUUAGAGACCCAACUACAUCUUGGCUAGGAAAAGAUGGGUUUUGGAGGGUUUUGAUUGGUAGCAAAAUUGAUACAAAGGGAAUGGCAAUUUUGUACAAAAGUAAAAAUUUUGUUGAUUGGGUUGAAGCAAAACAUCCUUUGCAUUCAGCUGAAGGAACAGGAAUGUGGGAGUGUCCUGAUUUUUAUCCAGUUUUGGAUAAGAAUUUGGAUGAGAAUUCGUUACGAAUUGGUGUUGAUACUUCUAUGAUUGGUGAUGAUGUUAGACAUGUUCUUAAGGUUAGUUUGGAUGAUACAAAACAUGAUCAUUAUUUGAUUGGGAGUUAUGAUGUUGUUAAGGAUGUUUUUGUUCCUGAAAAUGGAUUUGACAAGGAUAAUGGAUUUGUUUUGAGAUAUGACUAUGGGAAAUAUUAUGCGUCUAAAACAUUUUUUGAUGAUGAGAAGAAUAGAAGGAUUUUGUUGGGUUGGGUUAAUGAAUCUUCGAGUGUUGCUGAUGAUGUCAAGAAAGGUUGGUCUGGGAUUCAUGUAAGUUUUCGCAGAUUUUUUUUACUUUUUUUUAAUUCUGAGUUUUAA